AUGCUGCAGCUGGGGCCCCCCUCUGGGCCGGGGGGCCGCUGGCCUGGCCUCCUGCCCGUGCUCCUGGCUCUCUUGGGCACGGCCUGGGCAGAGGUGCUGCCACUCCAGCUGCGGGAGGAUCAGGCUCCAGUGUCUGGAGCCCUGAGCAGGAAGGAGAGUUUCCUGCUCCUCUCCCUGCACAACCGCCUGCGCAGCCGGGUGCACCCCCCUGCGGCCAACAUGCAGAGAAUGGACUGGAGUGAGAACCUAGCCCGACAGGCUCAGGCCAGGGCGGCCCUCUGUGGCGGCCCAGCCCCAAGCCUGGUGUCCUCUCACCGGGCCACUUCACAGGUGGGCUGGAAUGUGCAGCUGCUGCCUGUGGGCUCAGCGUCCUUUGUCCACGUGGUGGGCCUGUGGUUCGCAGAGGGCCAGCGGUACCACCACGCGGAGGCCGAGUGUGCCCACGGUGCCACCUGCGCCCACUACACGCAGCUUGUGUGGGCCACCUCAAGCCAGCUGGGCUGUGGGCGACAUCCCUGCUCUGGGGACCAGGCUGAGAUGGAAGCCUUUGUGUGCGCCUACGCUCCUGGAGGCAACUGGGAGGUCAAUGGGAAGACGAUCGUCCCCUAUAAGAAGGGCGCAUGGUGUUCGCUCUGCACUGCCAGCGUCUCGGGCUGCUUCAAAGCCUGGGACCACGCAGGGGGGCUCUGUGAGGUCCCCAGGAACCCAUGUCGCAUGAGCUGCCGGAACCACGGGCAUCUCAACAUCAGCACCUGCCACUGCCACUGUCCCCCUGGCUACACGGGUAGAUACUGCCAAGUGCGGUGCAGCGUGCAGUGCGUGCACGGCCGGUUCCGGGAGGAGGAGUGCUCCUGUGUCUGUGACGUAGGCUACGGGGGAGCCCAGUGUGCCACCAAGGUACACUUUCCCUUCCACACCUGUGACCUGAGGAUCGACGGAGACUGCUUCAUGGUGUCUUCGGAGGCAGACACCUAUUACGGAGCCAAGAUGAAAUGCCAGGGGAAGGGCGGGGUCCUCGCCCAGAUCGAGAGCCAGAAAGUACAAGACAUCCUCGCCUUCUACCUGGGCCGCUUGGAGGCAAGCAACGAGGUAACCGACAGCGACUUUGAGACCAAGAACUUCUGGAUCGGGCUCACCUACAAGGCCGCUAAGGACGCCUUCCGCUGGUCCACCGGGGAGCACCAGUCCUUCGCCAGUUUUGCCUUUGGACAGCCUGACAACCAGGGGUUUGGCAACUGCGUGGAGCUGCAGGCCUCAGCAGCCUUCAACUGGAAUGACCAACGCUGCAAAACCCGAAAUCGCUACAUCUGCCAGUUUGCUCAGGAGCACAUUUCCCGGUGGGACCCAGGGCCCUGA